AUGAGCAAAUUUUCAAUUCUUGCUUUGGUGUUGAUGGGCUCUUUGGCUAUGCAUUGCGCCGGCGCACAAGGUGAUAACCAAGAAGAUUUCGAAGAAGACCGUUCGGAAGCUCUUGAAUUUCUUCGACGAACAAUUUUUCAUCCUACUUUAACUAAAUGUGAAGAACAAAAACGUGAAGCUAAAGAGGAUUAUGAAGAACGAUGUGAACCAAGCAAUCCAAUCUAUCGUAAUAAAGGUACGCAACGUAAUUGUCCUGAUUUGAGUGGUUGGGAUGCUUUUAAAAAUUACGAAAUCAAUGAUGGUAUUCCGACAUUUGAUGAUCUUAAACCAAAUAUUAAAUUACCUCAAAUGCCAAAACUACCAACAGCUGAUGAAGUGAGCAAUUCAGUUUAUAAUAAGAUUACCGGAAUUAAAAAACGAGCAAUUUAUUCAGAAUAA